UAUAUAUAAUUUUCUUCUGUGUAAAUGCUUUAGUUAAAGAUCAGAGUCCAUAAGGUACAUAAUGGCACGCAGUCUCACUGGCAACAGACAGAACACAGGUUCCCGAGUUUGGGACAGGAGGCUGUCAUGUCUUUUUCUCCUGACGUCUUUUCUUCUGCUGCUCAGCAAGGGGGAGAGAAUGUGCCCAGCAAGUUGUCGCUGCGAAGGAAAGAUUGUUUAUUGCGAGUCUGGCAUUUUUCAAGACAUUCCAGAAAACAUCUCUACUGGAUGCCAGGGUCUGUCCCUGCGCUUCAACCGCUUAGCGACUCUGCUGCCUUACCAAUUCGCUCAUCUCAACCAGCUCAUCUGGCUCUACCUGGACCACAAUUCCAUCACCGCCAUAGAUAGCUUAGCCUUUCAGGGCGUGCGUAGGCUCAAAGAACUGAUUCUUAGCUCCAACAAGAUCACACUUUUACACAAUAAGGCUCUCAAUGCUGUACCAAACCUGCGCAAUCUUGAUUUUUCCUACAACCAGCUACACUCUUUGCAGCCAGGUCAUUUCUAUGGUCUGCGUAAGCUCCAAAACCUUCACCUACGGUCCAAUGGUCUCAGCAGUAUACCUGUACGGACUUUUCUGGAGUGUCGUAGCCUGGAGUUCCUGGACCUGGGUUACAAUCACCUACGCACCCUAUUCCGCACCACCUUCUUGGGGCUGUUCAAGUUGAAGGAGCUUCAUCUGGAGCAUAAUCAAUUUUCAAGGAUUAAUUUGUUUCUUUUCCCACGCCUUAGCAAUCUACAGGUCCUCUACUUGCAAUGGAACCGGAUACGAGCCGUCAAUCAGGGCCUGCCAUGGAUCUGGCAUACACUGCAGAAAUUAGACCUCUCAGGAAAUGACAUCCAGAUCCUGGACCCAGCUGUUUUCCAGUGUAUGCCAAACUUACAAAUACUCCAUCUUGAAUCCAACAAGCUGAGCAACAUGUCUCAGGAUGUGGUUUCAGCCUGGGUCUCCCUCACCACCAUCAGCCUGGUGGGUAAUGCCUGGGACUGCAGCCCUACCAUCUGCCCCCUGGUGACCUGGCUGAAGAACUUCAGAGGCUCAAAGGACAUCAAAAUUAUAUGCAGCAGCCCCAAGUCAGUUCAGGGAGACAGAGUAAUGGACAUAGUGAGGAACUACACAGUCUGUGUGAACAUAUCAGUUGAAGAGCAAACCACAGCUAUGAUCAUGAGGCAAACCACAGCCUCAGUUGUGGACAUCAAAAAGCCUACCACACCUCCUCCUUCCACGACCACAACAACCCAAGGUAUAUCUGCAUCAACAGUACAAAGACUCACUCCACAACCUGUCUCUCCCAUUGUGACAGAAAAAGACACAAGGGAGUCCAUACUCAUGACCUCAAUCUCUCCAGAAUCCUCAUCAUUUUUCCCAGAACUAGAGUUUGAGCAUAUGGCCUUCCAUAAAAUCAUUGCAGGCAGUGUAGCCCUAUUUCUCUCUGUGUCAUUGAUUCUGCUGGUAAUUUAUGUCUCAUGGAAGCGCUACCCCAAUAGCAUGAGGCAGCUGCAGCAGCACUCAGUCAACCGCAAGCACAGAAAAAAGGCCCGGAAGCAGAAGCUUAACCUUAACUCUCAGUUACAAGAGUAUUAUUUGACUUAUACAAACUCUCAGACCAUGGAUGCAUUGGUAAAUGAGACAAGGGCCUACACCUGCACAAUCUCAGGAUCCAGAGAAUGUGAGGUAUGAUCCGCCAACUCCAUCCUAAAAACACACUCUCCAGCUGCUUGGGAGUCAGGUAAAUGUUUUCCACAGGGAUGCACUGUAAACCUCUCUGAGCGAAUGGAGACUGAGUUAAAUAUCCAUCCUCUGUUUGACUCUGUUCUUACUGUUGUUUUAAAUUAACGUUAUCAAUCCUAAAAACAUACUGUACAGCUGCUUGGGAGUCAGAGGUCAAUGUUUUCCAUAGGGAUGCACUGUAAACCUCUGAGUCAACGGAGACUGAUUUCAUCUUCCAUCCUCUGUUUGACUGUUCUUACUGUUGUUUUAAAUUAACGUUAUCACAUUAGAACAAAGUGAUUGAAUAUAUUAAUCCUGUUUGUGAGUAUAAACCUAAUUUAUAUCUGCACAUUUGUUACGGUUAUUUGCUGUUGAUUACAAAUGACCCUGCUUUUCACUUUUGUUAUUCUUGGAUGAUGUUGAGAUCUUAUUGUACUUGUAUAAAUGCAACUGAUACAUGUUAUGUGUAGUUUUUUUUAUUUUUAUAUUUAGCUUUUGUUCAUUUUUAUGAAAUUAUAUGAUCACCGUGUAAUUUAAUUGUCAUUAAACUUGUGAAUGGUAGUUACUA